GUCCCAAAAGAUGAUGUUGUUAGUUAUCAAACACCAAAUACCCGCCAUAAUGCCGAUAAUUUGUUCCUCUCUUAUAGUUCCUCCUCAUUCAUCUCUAAACCCAUGUCAGCCUUCAUUGUCAACGUCCAAAAACCUCCAUAAUUCAUCAAUUUCACACAUCAAUCGCCGAAACCUCCUCACUUUACUCACUCUCUCCACUUCCCAAUUCAUAGAUUUUCCUCUCAACCCCAUAUCUCCUCCGGCCGCCACUGCCCGUGGCCUCUUUCAGAUGCCCCCAGUUCGGCUGACAAACAGGUAUUUUCUGGUGAGGGCAGGGGAGUCUGAAUUCGAGAGCUUGGGGGUAAUAAACACAAACCCAGUUGCGAAAACAUCUGUUGAUAACGGAUUAUCAGAGAGAGGGAAGAAGCAGACGGUGCGAGCUGCUUUUGAGCUGAAGGAAAUGGGGGCUUGUGAAAAGGGUUGUUGGAUUUGGCCUUCUAUUACUCAAAGAGCUUACCAGGCUGCUGAGAUCAUUGCUGCCGUUAAUGGUGUUAGUCGAAGCUAUAUUGUUCCUGAGUACAGCUUUCUGGAUGCUCGCGGAUUGGGGGCUUAUGAAGGAAGAAAGUUGGAGGCGGUUUCAGAAGUUUAUGAAUCAGAUAGUAUCUCUCCAACCAUAAAGCCUCCUCCUAUCAAUGAUGGAACACCAAAUGAGAGUGUUAAAGAUGUGUUUGUUCGGGUAACACAACUCAUGUCCAUUCUUGAGACUCAAUACUCUGGUGAUACUGUGAUUAUUGUCUCACCAGAUUCUGACAAUUUGACAAUCCUUCAAGCUGGUCUGAUCGGCCUUGAUCUGCGAAGGCACAAUGAACUUUCUUUUGCACCAGGUGAAGUUAGGUUUGUUGAUACAACUAGCAUACCUACUUACAAGCAACCAGCAUCUGCUGUAUAUAAAUGUAUAAAGUUACCAAAUUGUAACUAAAAUUCUCUCUAUUUUGUGCUAUUUGUUAUUAAAAUUUAAUGACAACUUUCUUGCCUUGAAAUGAUACGUCUUAGUUGAUAAUUUAGUAAAGAUAUGCAUUUUCUGGGA